CUGUUGAGUCGUGCAUGCUCGUGCACUUGUGCCAACUUGUGCGGCUCGUUAGUUGAAAUACAAUUCAUUUUUGUGUAUUCUUCGGUAACGUUGAAGUCUAGAAAUGACUGGGUUUACAGAGAGUGCGCUUGUGAAAAGAUUAAUGGACCUGAAUCCCUCCCAACAGAGUAUUCAAACAUUGUCCCUUUGGUUAAUUCAUCACAGAAAACAUCACCCAACCAUCGUGAAAGUCUGGUUCAAAGAAAUGUGUAAAGUGAAGGAUAAUCGCAAGUUAAUGUUCAUGUAUCUGGCGAACGAUGUUAUUCAAAACAGUAAAAAGAAAGGCCCCGAAUUUGGGAAAGAAUUUGAAACAGUGUUGCCUAAGGCUUUUGAGCAUAUGAAGGGGUUCGACGAGAAGACGAGGGAGAGGUUGAACAGAUUACUGCAAAUAUGGGAGGAGAGAGGAGUGUACGAUAAAGCGCAAAUCACAGAAUUUAAAGUCGCCUUUACGGAUACCUCGAAGGAUCCAGGAACACCGCCUCCUAAAAAGAAACUUAAAAACGACAUAGAGAAAGUAAAGAAAGAAAAAAAGGAGAGAAAAAAGUCGGAGACUGAAGUCGAAGUGGAUGGAACGAAAGAGCUGCAUGUUACGUUGAGUCCACGUACUCCUGCCGGAGAUCCACCGGAAACAGAGGAACUCAUCAAAGCCUUAAUGGAUUUGGAAAACACAGCAUCCUCUGACGCUGGUGUUAGAGAACGUAUCGCAUCUCUGCCACCAGAAGUUUCGGAGGUUUCGCUGCUUGCGAAUCUGGCUGAUAGAGCAGCCGCGGACCAAUUAAGCGUUGCUGUAAACGAAGCUGCUGCAUUGUUGGCGGAUUACAAUGGACGAUUGCAAGCUGAAAUGGAAGACAGAAGGAGAUUGUUAACUAUGCUUAGAGAUUACACUUUAGCGCAAAGGCAGUUACUUCAGCAAGCGCAGACUACUUUAGAAGACUAUAAAGAAAAACUUAAAAAGGUGUGCACAGUUCGAUCAGAAGUGAAAUCCCACAUUUCGAAUCUUCCCGACUUGACGCAGUUACCUGACGUCACAGGAGGUUUGGCACCUCUUCCAUCGGCUGGUGAUUUGUUUUCCAUGCACUAGCACAUUGAGUUUAAAGAGCACGAUCAUUGAAUUAUUCCUGAGUUCCACGCAUAGACAAGCACGACCAUGCUACGUUAGCUUGGUUUCUUGCGAUCGAUUAUAUCUUAUCCAGUAACUUUAUAUUUUUCGAUAUUUACAACGUUAAAUAUUGUUCGAACUUGUGGCGUCUAAUUGCAAACUAUACAAGAGAAGAAUCGACGAAUGAAAUCGCCACGAGAUCAUUUUCCAAAAUACCUUGCUAAUAAAUAAAUGUUAGUUAUCGAGGUAUCGAUGAAUUAUCGUAAUUUUAUUAUAUAAAGACUCGCUAAAAACGAAAAGAAAAGAAAUAUGUACGCAUGCAUGGAAUAAAACAAUGCGCAUCAAUUAAAUGUGCAGUUAGGAAUAUUCAGAAUACUGAAAUUUUUUUUUAGUUUGCCCAAUUAUCGAUGACCAACACAGCGUUUAGAAUAUUCAUUUAUAACAUUUGGUAAUCAUCCUUUGUGUAUAUAUAUUGUAGGUAAUAUAAUUCUGGGACUGAGAAAGACAUCUUAAAACAUAAUGCUGCAGUUAACUUUAAAUAUAUAUUGGGACUGCGUAAAGUAAAUAAUAUUGUAUAUGUAAUAUUGUAUGAAAUAAAUCGCGUGAUUUGUGCGUUGCGGAAAUUGUAAUAAUAUGCAGAAUAUUAAUACGAAUAAAUGUUUU